CCGAACACACUCUCGCAGUGAGCAGCGCAGGGUUCACAUCAUCCUCACACCGAACCGCGUGAAACAGCCCGCGCUCCUUCUUCUUCUUCAUCUUCUUCUUCAUCUCUCGCAUUAGAAUGACGGAGUGUGACGUGCGCGCGUCCGGAUCGCGUGUGUGUUUCUCGAGCUCUGCGUGUUCCCGAAGGGACUUCAGUUCAACAUCUCACUGAGAUCAGUGUGAGAUCUCGCUUCUGCUUGUGUUUCCACCGGCAACUUCUGUGAACGAACACACUGACUCUCUCCUGCGCUCCCGACUUGUGGAUGAGGAGCUUGUUUCUCUCCGGCGCGUUGAUAUGUGUUUGUUUCAUGCGUUAGAAUGAACCCUUAAACACUGACUGUGUGUGUUUUUUUGUCUCUCCGGCGGCGCAGUCCACAAUUAUUGACCGUAGUGCGGACAUUCACACACACUUGACAGAAGAUCGUGGACAUCUCAACACUUGCCCUGACAUCAGCCGUGUCGAGCCACAGAUGUGAAUGAAAGAAAGUCGUCUGAAGAAAGAGGAAUAUACGUGUCCAAGUGAGCUGUAGUGAUGCUGCAAGUGGAAAUGAUCAUAUUCGUGGGUGUGAUUCUGUGGAUGUGUGUAUUUAGUCAAGAGCCCAGCUCAAAGGUGAUGGCUGAUCGAUAUGCUGUCUACUGGAACCGAACCAACCCUAGGUUUCAGCGUGGAGACUAUCACAUCGACGUGUGUAUAAACGACUACCUGGACGUGUACUGUCCGCACUACGAGGACUCGGUCCCCGAGGAGCGAGCCGAGCGCUACGUGCUCUACAUGGUGAACUACGACGGCUACAGCACGUGUGACCACACCGCCAAGGGCUUCAAGCGCUGGGAGUGCAACCGGCCGCACUCGCCCAACGGCCCGCUCAAGUUCUCCGAGAAGUUCCAGCUCUUCACUCCCUUCUCGCUGGGCUUCGAGUUCAGGCCGGGCCGAGAGUAUUAUUACAUAUCAUCCAUGAUCACAGAAACCGGGAAAAGGUCGUGCCUCAAGCUGAAAGUGUUUGUGAGACCACCAAAUGGCUGCGAGAAAACCAUAGGCGUUCAUGACCGCGUUUUUGUCGAUGACAAAGUAGACAAUGCAUUAGAACCAAGAGACGACACCAGUCACGAGGCCGAACCGUCCCGGAGCGACGUGUCGACUUCAGGCCUGCGACACCAGACAUCACGCCCCCUACUGGCCCUCCUGCUGCUGUGCAUCUCUGUGUUCCUCACCUUAUAGCCCCUCACCUGACCCUGAAUCAGCCCUGCGGAAACACAGCACAGCGGACCGAGGGCUUGGAGAUCCACCAGGAACACUUCUGCUCUGCUUUUCUUUUGUUUUCCAAAUAUUUAAGUGGUCUUUCGCUGUCUUUUAUUAGGAAAAGUCGAUUAGCCGCGCAAAGAAGAAAUGCAGAUCACCUGUUUAACCAACCGACCAAUCAACUUUGACGGCCGCUCACGGGGGGGAUUGGCUGCUGGAAGGAAGGGGGCGGAGCGUUUUAUUUGCGUCCAUUGGACUCUUUGGUGGGUAAUUAGAGCGAGCGUUGAGAAGCGCCGAACACCCUGUGAGAAUUGUUCGAGUUGAAGGUGUCCCAUAAAACAGACAUAAGCAUCAAACCUAAACCGAGUUCACCGGCUCUGCUGUUAGCGAUACAUAUACAAAGACUUUUUGCCUUUCGUCCUUCGUCUGCCUUCUCUUAACAAAAAUGAUUGGAAGAAGCGGUCGGGUAUGCACUUCGUCGCAUGGAUCUUCCCCAAUUGAAGGAAGACGCUAGAUGAGUGUGUUCGUCUAAAUAAUCUGAUUUGUGUGAAUUUGGAAUUGAUUCUAUACAGCAAUUUGAGGGACUUAUCUUAGUAGACCACACCACUAAAACAAUGAUUUUGUAUUUUGUAAGAUAAACUUAACUGCAACAUAAAUAUCUAUAUUUUUCCUAUGACCUUUUAUCAAUUGAUAUGAGAUAUCAACAUUGACGGAUCAUGGAAAUUCUGUUCUUGUCAUAACUGUGUGUCCGGCUCUAUUAGGAACCAAAUAUCGAAGGGGACUCCACGUUUCAUAUCCAACGUUUGUUUGAAUAGGCCUUAUACCGUACACGAUACUAAUAUCUCCUGGAAGUGCUUCAAAUUCAGCAUUUCGAUGGGGGAAAUAAAGUGAAGAUUUGUUUGUUUUUCAUUACUGCAUUUGUUUGUUCUGUAGCUGUUAAUCGGUGCAAUUCUGACUCGUUUAAUAUGCUGAUGCGACAUACGCGAGACAUUAUAACAUGGGCAUUCUCCUCCGACAGCCUUACAUACGACGGAGGAACAACCGAUGGGCGAAUCUCACCAGAACUGUCAAGAACACCAUAUUUCAUCCCAGAAUCAAGACAAAAAUAAGAAUUUACAUUUUGCAUGUACAAAAUGAAAACUGUUUUAACCAUUAAGAUUGUAAAUAUAAUAAAAAUAUAAAAGUUUUUCCCACACCCCUAUUUUGGCAAGUAGGGCAUAAAGGUCAAAGGUCGCUGUUCAUAAGUCCAUCUGAAUACAGACAUAUAUAGAAAGCCAAUACAGUUCAAGACUCAGACCGUCUUGAGCUGUAAACUAUAUAUAGUAUAAGCAGACAUUUAAAAUAUUAACAAUGUAUAUUUUAAAUGAAAAGGUAGUGUAACAACAUAGAAACACAAUGAAGCUGAAGCCACAAGUGUGGUCAGGAUGUUAUCUCUAAAACUAUGAUUUUUAUGAAACAUUUUAUAAGACCAUGUCAUGUGAGUUUUUAGAGAUUGCGGAGUAAAUAUAAUAUUUUAUUGCCCUUUAAACACCCAAUGGCACUCUAUUGUCUAUGGCUGGUUUUCACUCGACAAAUCUUUCAUUUCUCUGACCGAAUCUUCAUUAUUUAUCUAUAAAAUUUCCUUAAAAUCCACACUCUAAAAAAUGCU